AUGAAUACUAGUUGCUUGGAAGAACGAUUAAGCAGUGCAGCAUCCAUCGUUCUAUCAUUGUGGUUCUCUUUCUCCGGUUUAGCAGCUGUAACAGGAAAUGGACUUAUGUUAUGGCUGUUUUACAAAAACAAAUCGUUAAGAACAAUUUCCAACCGAUUUUUAGCUUCCUUAUCUUUGGCAGACUUUGUCGUUGGUUCUGUUGUUGACCCUGUGUGGAUCGUCGUUAGAUGCUUGAUUCAGCCACCAGUUCAGAGCAUUUCAUUCGAUGUUAUAAACUUGCUAUGGACUCACACAACCGCUGCCACGACUUUCAACUUGUGCUGUGUUUCUGUUGACAGAUUCAUUUCGAUUCGGUUUCCUUUCCGUUAUCAGGACAUUGUAACAAAGAAAAGAUGUUACACAGUGAUAAUCUCGGUCUGGCUCUUCUCGUCAGGUCUUCCUUUCUCUACGACGACGGUAAAUGACAUGGGAUAUGUUGUGGCAGAAUUGCUUUCAGCCCUGGCUUUUAUAAUAUUCGCUGUUCCUCUUUUAGUGGUCAGUCUUGUGUACAUCUGUAUUUUCAAAGAGGCUAAGGAAAUAUUAAGAGGAAUAUCGGCUGAGAAAAUAACUGGAAACUACGACGAGAAUAUUCGAGUUCGAGCAAAACAAAAUUUCAAAGCCAUCAAGACAGUCGGUUUAGUUUUAGGUACUUGUAUUAUCUCAUGGUUACCCAGUUUCGUUCUGCUGUUACUUCACUUUUACUAUUCUAAAGCAAAUCACAACUGUAAACGUAAUAAAUUGAUCUUUGUUGUAUGGCCAUGGGUGGAGGCCGUUGCCUUUACCUCAUCAGCGAUCAACCCUUUGAUAUAUUACUUUCGAAAUCAAGAGUUUCGCCGAGCGUUUCGCAGUACUUUUCGCAAUUUAUCCUCUCGAUUCAACGAAGAGAAUGAACUUGAAACUGUGAAAAAACGAAAACGAAAUCAUUCCAUUGGAAACGGUGUAGUUACUGGCAAUUUAGCGGUUCAAAAAACGGAGUUCUGA